AUAAUAACUGAUCUUUUUUAAAUUGACUAAAAAUUUCGCAAACCAAACGAUUCUUAUUCAUUUGCAUGCGAGGCAAAAGGCACAACUUUAUCAACUUAUUCCUUUCUUGUACCAUUUAUAUGUUGCAUAUUCUCUCCGUUUUAUAGUUGGCACGAACUUCUUCCCACAAAAUCCUUCCGCGCAGCCUCUCUCUCGACGGUCCGAUCAGCGGCAUCAGCCCUUAAUCAAUGGCCAAAACCGCGCCAUCACCCUCAACCUCUCGCGUCCUCAUCAUCCUCUUCCUCCUCCUGAGCACCGCACCGAAGCCCUCCCAUUCCCUCUCCUACUCAUCGUACCGAACCCUGGUCUCCCUCGCCCACUCGCUCAUGACGCGCGUGGCCAACCUCCGCGCCUCCCGCGGCGACAUCUCGGGCUCGCACCGGGCCAGGCUCUUCGCCCAAUACCUCGAGCGCGGCCUCGGCCUGGGCUUCUUGGGGUUCGCGCGGUCCGUGGGCUGGGACUACCUCAAGAACUACGCGUGGAGGGACAUGAACUACGCAGAUCUGUACGGCGCCGUUUCGGACGCCAACAAGCUGCUGAGUUCUCUGGGCGAGCUUACACGCUUGGGCUCGGACGCCGCGAGGGCCGCCUGGGUCGGACGGAAUUACCAAAAUUUCCUCGGAAUCUCAAACUCUCUCUUCCAAAGUCUCCUCAAAGUGUUUCGUCAACCGGGUGCACUAAGGGAAGUGGUGGAGACGGUGCAGAUAGAGGUGGCGGAGGGUGGGUUACUGAGGGACUGCCUUGAAGUGGGGGGGAAUGAUAUGAAGGGAUUGCUUCAGAUUUUCAGAGAAUGGGCUUUACAAUUCUAUUCGACCUCUGGUGAUGAUCAGCGUGAUGAUCUAUGACACUCCCAUGGGAUUCCCCACACCAUACAAUUUCUUUUCUUCAUUUUAUUUUAUUAGUAGAAUAUGGAAAAUAGGGUAAAAGAUUGUGAUCACAU